UGCACUUGAAGUUAACCCCCACUUGACAUAUAUUUCCAACAACAUUAUUUCAAUUGAAAAACAGGUUACACUUGUCAAAGUUUAUUAAUAAAAUGACAUAGGCUAAACAAAACAGAACAAACAUCCAUAAUCCCAAAAAAAAAAUGGAGACUAAGUAAGCGACUCAAAGAAAGAGAUAUACAUAUAAUAUAUAUGCCUGCAACUAUAUAUCAUGACCUAGCCUGUGAUAAUUAAGGAUCAAGGCCAUUUACGAUAAAGAUGGAGACUAAGUAAGCGACUCAAAGAAAGAGAUAUACAUAUAAUAUAUAUGCCUGCAACUAAUUAUGAUAAUCCUUUAAGUCAAAUUAAUUGUGGGUAUCACGUAGUUAUAGCUUGCGCGCCAACGUCUUGAGACCUAUAAAUACUGGUACGCUCGGUCUGUGUGCAGUCAUGGCAGGACAAUGAGAUUAUUAUUACUUUUCAAGUUUGAAGGAGAAAGCAAGAGGAAGACAUCAAUAUGGAGGUUCGUAUUGUGUCUAGCAAGUUUGUGAAACCCUCAUCUCCUACCCCACAACAUCUUAAGAAGAAGAAGCUUUCAUUCGUAGACCAGGCUGCUCCACCAGCUUAUGUCCCUCUCAUUUUCUACUAUUCCUCCCAUAAUACCUAUGACAAUUACAAAUCUAUGCUCCACAGAUUGGAGACAUCCUUAUCACAGACCUUAACUAAGUUCUAUCCCCUGGCGGGUAGACUAGAUGUUGAUCAUCUGUCGAUCAAUUGCACUGACGAAGGAGUGGAGUUUUUGGAAGCUGAAGUUAAUUUUCCCCUCUCGCAAAUCCUCCACGGACAAAUUGAUUAUACCAAGCUUAGUCAAUUUGUUCCAUGGCCAACUCCCGGCUCAUCCACGGCUCCACUGCUUGUUAUACAAAUCAACAAGUUCAGCUGCGGUGGUGUGGGCGUUGGCAUGAAUAUGACACAUGAGGUAGCUGAUGGCUUCUCAGCAACCACUUUUAUCAAAGCCUGGGCAAGCUCCUGCCAAGCAGGGACCAACUAUAUUAUUCCUGCUCCCACUUUCGAAUUGGGUAACUUAUUCCCAGCAAUAACAGAUCAUGUAAGAAUACCCAAGUAUCCAUUUGCUUUUAAAAACAAACUCGAUCUUGUCACAAGAAGGUUUGUGUUUGAAGGAACUGCAAUAUCAAAGCUUAAAGCGCAGGUAGUGUCCGGUGAUGGAGGACUCAAGGGCCAGGCAUCAAGAGUGAAGGUGGUAUCAGCACUUAUUUGGAAGGCGCUCAUGGGUGUUUCUCGAGCCAAACAUGGUUACUUGAGGCCAUCCUUAUUAGUUCAUUCAAUGAACUUGCGAGAUAAGGUAGUUAACCCAACAGUUUCACCCACUUCCUUUGGCAACAUGUACAAGUUAGCCUAUGCAAGAUUCAAGCCAGAUGAUGACCAGAAUAGAACACCAGAGCUUCAUAACUUAGUGAGUCUACAAAGAGAUGCACUAAGUUCUGCAAAAUCAAUUCCUGGCGAGGAGCUGUUCUCAGCGAUUACAAGUCCAGUUGAAGAAAUUAUAGAAGAGAAGGCCUUGCAGGAAAUAGAUGCAUACAGGAUUACUAGCUUAUGUGGGUUUCCUCAGUAUGGAAUAGAUUUUGGAUGGGGAAAGCCUGUCUGGGUAGGAGGUACGCAAAUCAGCGUUGAAUUACUGGUUGUUUUGAUGAAUAACGCUAGUGGAGAUGGAGUUGAAGUAGAGGUGAGCUUAGAUGAAGAAGACAUGCUUCAUUUUCAAAAAGAUCCAGACAUCAUUGCCUUCACUAAUUCAUCACCUAUUUUGUAUUAAUUUCACUUGGAACUAAUGGUUGCCUGAAGCUUUACUAUAUGUCAUUACUCUCUGUUGUAAUAAAGAACUCUCCGAGUUUAUACAA